UCCCUUUCAAACGUAACACAGCAGCAGAGAAGGAGAGCUGUGAUCGAAAAAGAGGAAGAGCCACGCUGUCGCCGCUGUCCAGCCGCCUCGCCACCACCGUCGCGCCGCCACCGCGCCAUCGUCGCUCCCAGCUCGCCGCCAUCCUCCACGUCGUUGCCGCCACUGUUCGCAAAGAGGAGAGAGAGAGAUGUUGAGACAGAGCAGCGCCGAGAGGGAGAGGAGCCUCCAUCAUCGUCGAUUCAUGCUCGCCAGAGGAAGCCGCUGCUGCCGAUGCGUUGUCGCCGCUGUGACGCGUCCGGAGGAGAGGAGUCGUGCGUUGAAAGCCAUCGCGUCUUGCCGCCAAGGGUUCCAUCGCAGCCAACCCAUCGCAGUUGGUGUCGCCACCGUCCCUGUUGGAUUCCACCGUGGAGAAGAGAACGACACGAGGGAGAGAGGGAGACAGAGCCGUGCGAGCCAGAGGAGGCACUGUCCUCGUUGUUGCUGCCACGGUCGCUGGUGAGUCGUGCACCGCCAUCAGAGUCAUCAGAAGACAGCAUCAGCCUUCUUGUUCUGGUUCCGAUUCCUCCAUUUCUAAAACUUUCUGUCACUUUGCUUCAAAAUUGCUGUUGUAACUCGUAUUGGUUUUGGGACUGUUGUGGCUGCUGCUGGUUUUGUUUGAGGCUACUGCUGCUGUGAGAAAGGAAAAAGGAAUUUGUCGCGGUUAAGAAUUCUUCGAGUUCCGGUUAUUUGAGCUUGCUGCUUUGGACUUUAUUGCAUGUGCAACUGCUAAUGUAUUUUCCAUGACAGAUUCUAGUACCAACUCUCAGCAAUGGUGUCUGGAUUCAGAAGCUACUAUGGUGGCGAUCAUGCUCCCACUUUGAGGCCUAAUUAAUUGGAAGAGGC